AUGGCCAGAGCAAAUUCCUCGCUGGUCACUGAAUUUGUGCUCUUGGGACUCACGGAUCGUCCAGAGCUCCAGCCCAUCCUCUUUGUGCUGUUUCUGGUGAUCUACUUGAUUACCGUUGGAGGAAACCUUGGCAUGUUGAUACUGAUCAGGAUAGAUUCUCGCCUCCAUACCCCUAUGUACUUCUUCCUUGCCGGCUUGUCGUUCUUGGAUUUGUGCUAUUCCACCAACGUGACUCCUAAUAUGCUGGUGAACUUCUUAUCGGAGAAGAAAACCAUCUCCUACGCGGCAUGUCUGGUCCAGUGUUAUUUCUUCAUUGCCAUGGUCAUUACUGAAUAUUACAUGCUAGCUGUGAUGGCUUAUGACAGGUAUGUGGCCAUCUGUAACCCUUUGCUUUACAGCAGCAAGAUGUCCAAGGGGGUCUGCAUUCGUCUGAUUGUCGCUCCAUAUGUCUAUGGGUUCCUGAGUGGUCUGAUGGAAACCAUGUGGACCUACCGCUUGACCUUCUGUGACUCCAAUGUUAUUAAUCACUUCUACUGUGCGGACCCACCCCUCAUCCGACUUUCCUGCUCAGACACUUUCAUUAAGGAGACGUCCAUCAAAGGAAACCUCACCUCAGUGUCUGAGUUCAUUCUCCUGGGCCUGACCAAUCGCAAGGAGCUCCAGCUCCCCCUCUUCCUGCUGUUUCUGGCCAUUUUCAUGGUCACGGUAGUAGGGAACCUUGGCAUGAUUGUGCUCAUUCAGGUCAACUCCAGGCUCCACACCCCCAUGUAUUUCUUCCUGAGCCACCUGUCCUUUGUGGAUCUGACCUUCUCUUCCAACGUGACUCCGAAGAUGCUGGAGAUUUUCUUAUCUGAGAAGACGACCAUUUCCUACUCUGCUUGUCUGCUGCAAUGUUACCUGUUCAUUGCCUUGGUCCAUGUGGAGAUGUACAUCCUAGCCGUGAUGGCCUAUGAUAGGUACAUGGCUAUUCACAACCCUCUGCUUUACGGCAGCAAAAUGUCCAAGAGUGUUUGCACCUGCCUCAUCAUGGUGCCUUAUGUGUAUGGAGCUCUCACGGGCUUCAUGGAGACCAUGUGGACCUACAAGCUGGUCUUCUGUGGCCCCAAUCAAGUCAACCACUUCUACUGUGCAGACCCACCAUUGAUCAAGUUGGCUUGCUCUGACACCUACAACAAAGAGACAUCAAUGUUUGUGGUGGCUGGGUGUAACCUUUCUUUUUCUCUCCUCAUCAUCCUGAUUUCCUACUUCUAUAUUUUUCCGGCUAUCUUGAGGAUUCGUUCUACGGAAGGAAGGCACAAAGCCUUCUCCACGUGUGGCUCUCACCUCACAGCUGUCUUCAUAUUCUAUGCCACUCUCUUCUUCAUGUAUCUCAGACCCCCCUCAAAGGAGUCAGUAGAACAGGGAAAAAUGGUGGCUGUGUUUUACACCACAGUCAUCCCCAUGUUGAAUCCUAUGAUCUACAGUCUUCGAAAUAAGGAUGUGAAAGAAGCCUUAGCCAAAGAACUAUUAAAAAGUAAAAUAUUUUCGUAA